AGAGGGGGGAGACGAGUCGGUGCGCGAGGACGCGCUGAUUGGACAGCGAAGGGUUGGCUGCAGCUGCAGAGGCUGCUGCAGCUGAACCCCAAGAGUCAGCCAGUCAUUCAGGGAGCGCGCGCGCACACACGGCACGCACGCGCCAAGUCGCGGAGGCGCUCUCGCUCCUUUCUGGCGCGCGCAGCGGGGCCGCGCGCGCGAAGGGGAAAAAAAAAAGGAACGAGCAAUCGGCUGGAGAAGGAGCUGGAAGAAGGGGGGCCUGAGGAGCCAGGUCGGCUCCUUCUUGUCUCAGUUUGGCGCCGGCAAGGGAAGGGAAGGGAAAGGAAAAGGGGCAGGUUGAUGCCCGCCCUGCAGGAUGGAUCAGGCCUGCGAAGUGAGCAGGAGGGGCUGCCUGCCCGCCUUCGCCCGCCCUUUGGCAUUAGAGGCACCGCAGGAGGCAGAGGAGGAGGAGGAGGAGGAGGAGGAGGCGAGGAGUGGGGGGGAGGGUCGCAGCCCUAGUAGCCCCCGGCCCAGCCGUGGCCGCAGCCUGCCGCACUUGCCCCCCACAGCAGUGCCUUUGGCGGCCUGCGAGGGCCUGGACCCCUCCUCCCCUUGCUACAUCCCCUUGCGCAGGCUGCAGGACCUGGCCUCCAUGAUCAGUGCUGAGUAUCUGAAUGGCUCAAAAGAUGGCUCUGAUUGUUUGCAGGAACCGGAAGGCAGAAGCAGUUCGUCGGAGGAGGACGACAAUUUCACCAGCCACGACUCAGCACGGCUCCUGGAUUUCAACAGCCUCACUCCUUGUUUGGAUGAAGGCGAAGGAGAGAUGGAUUCCGAGGCAUCUUUCUUCUCAGCAGCAGAAGAACAUCCGGGGGAGGACAUUAAGUUCCUGAUGGAAAAGCGAGCAGCGGCCAUCUGCAACACGAAGGCAGAGCCCCAGAGCAGGGCAGAACGCAUUCAGGAGACCCAGCAAAGGGCUCCUGUAAAGAUGAGGCACAAUGAGAUGGUUUCGGGCCUGUUUCCAACCCCUGUCCUUCCAGAGCGAAUACAGAGUAACUCUGCUGUAGGAAGUAGACAUGAGAAAGUAUGCAUGUACCCCAUGUAUUUGCCUGGAAAUACAGAACGGAAGAAAGAAAAGCCAUGCAAUGUGACAAAGGUAUCUGAGAAGGAAGAUCCAGGCCAGAGUCCCGCCACACUUGGAAACUUGAUAGAAAGACUUGAAGCAUCCGUUACGUCAAAAUCACCAGCAACAAGAAUGCCAGCUGUAAGCAGUCUUGGGGGUCAAAAUAAGAAGAAACCUGCUCCAGUGAAGUAUGAAGCUGGAGAUCUCGUUUGGGCAAAGUUCAACCGACGUCCAUGGUGGCCCUGUAAAAUUUGUCAUGAUCCCAUCUUAGAUACUCAUUCAAAAAUGAAAGUUUCCAAUCGCAGACCACAUCGGCAGUACUGUGUGGAAACCUUGGGAGACCCAUCUGAAAGGGCCUGGGUUGUAGGAAAAGCUAUUGUAGUUUUUGAAGGAAGACAUCAGUUUGAAGAACUCCCUGUCCUUCGGAGAAAAGGGAAGCAAAAAGAGAAGGACUACAGGCACAAGGUUCCCAAGAGGUUUAUGGCUAAGUGGGAGAUCAGUGUUGGUCUUACAAGUGAAUAUCUUAAACAGAAUGGUACCCAGAAAUGCAUCCAGACUUCUAGCAAAAUGGACAGUGAGAAGGAAACACGUUUAAUGGGAUCUCAUGAAAAGGUCUCAUUGAAUGAACAGAACAUGCAACUGAAUGGAUGUUUGAAAUCAUUUGCACUGGAUUCCAAACAUUUUGCCCAUGAUAAGGAGAAGAUUGUCACUAAAUCACGAACAAAGAAGAGUUCUGACACCAGGAAGAGGAACAGAGUAAGAAAAAGUAGUACCAAACUUGAGACAUCCAAGAAAGAGUAUGGUGAGAAAGUACCAGUGGACAAUGUUAAAGACAUGGUUGCUACAAAUGUGCCAGAUAAGCAGGCAUCUCAUGAACUUUGCAGAAUAGCAAAGAGCCUGAUGGGGUCCAAAGGAACUGUGGAAAAUUAUUUGCUCUCUUCUUUUGGAGAAAGACAAUUUGAAAAUAAAACUAAGAAACCAGAGCAUGAGUUCUCUCAUAGAAACAGCCAGCAGGAGAGACCCAAAGUCAGUGUGAAGAAAAAGAAAAAUCUGACAGGUUUAAUAUACACUUCAAAACUACAGCAGCAUUAUUCUACAACAGAUGCUGGAGUUGAGAGAAAACAGGUAGACUCUGAUUCAUCAGACACCUUCAAUUUCCUCUCCCUUGACCAAAGCAUAGCAGCAGCAUCCACAUAUAGUGUCCUGAAAAAUGGUGACUCUGUAAAUAAAAAAAGAAAGGAACGGUCUUCAAGGCAAAAAAAUAAAUAUUCUGCACGUGUCCCAAAAAGCAACAGCAGACGUCGCAAAACUCUCCAAGGAUCUCUUGAUAGAAAUGCCCACAUGGAAGCAGGAAGGGUGGAAUUCCAUGAGCCAUCUUUUGCAGAGGAGGUGGCUUUGGCUUACAGGAAUGACAAUCUUACCUUUGCAGAUAAGCACACUACACUCCAAAGUAAGGGGUUCACAAGUCAAAUGGAUACAAAGCAGCUUCAGUUCAGAAAUAUCAAAUGCAAACAUAAAGGAGCUACUGCCAGGACAGAAUCCUUUCUUAAGGAAGAUGAAUGUAGCUCUGACAGCUGCUUUUCUGCUACCAAAGGUUCUCUUGGGUCUCACUUAGAUGCCUCUACCAAAAGUGGGAACGUGGAUGGCCCCAAGCCGCUGAACAGCGCACAUGAGAAUUCCCGUGAUUCUGCUGAAAUAGAGACGGCAGUUGUGAAACACGUGCUUUCAGAACUGAAGGAGCUGUCAUAUAGGUCCUUGAAUGAUGAAGCUAAAGAUAGUGGGCCACCUAAGACCACAGUGCCCUUACUCUUUUCAUCUAUCCCUGGGCAGAAUCAUCUGCCUGUUGAGCCUGAUUAUAAAUUCAGCACCUUAUUAAUGAUGUUGAAAGAUAUACAUGACAGUAAGACAAAAGAAAAGCAGCUAAUGACUACUCAGAACAUAGUCGCCUACAGGAGUCCUAACGGCAGUGGUAGUUCUGGAAAUAACACUCUGAGUGAUUUGACAUCUUUGCCUACAACAGGAACUGCUCCUAAAUUAGAAAAAAAGCAAGAAGCAGAGUGUCAGAAACCCAAAGAAGAGAAGAAACGCCUUAGGAAGCCAAGUAAGAGGCUUCUGGAAUAUGCAGAAGAAUAUGAUCAUAUAUUUCCACCUAAGAAAAAAAAGAGGAGCCGGGAACCAUUUCGGAAGGCAAGUUCUCUAGAGAGAUCUGAGGGCAAACAGAAGGACAGCACUGGCAAGAAGGCUCGUAAAAAGCAUCUAGAAAAGAAGCCCUUGGAUUCAGUUUCAUCUGCUUCUUCACCAUCUGCUUCUUCAUCUAAAGAGUCUCCUCCAGUCCUGGAGGCUGAGCGUUCUCUCUCAGAUGAACCUGAUUCCCAUUCUAUGGAACCAAGAUCUGAAAUGCCAGUUUUGACGUUGUCUUCACCAAACGCUUUGGAGAAAGAAGAUGAAGAGGGAGAAGAAGAAACUUCUGCUGCUCCUCCAGUUCUUCUCCCUGUUCUUCAUCCACAGACAGGGGGACAGUUAAUGAAGUCAGGGCGUUUUGGGACUAAGCGCAAAAGGAAACCAACUAAAAAGCUCCUGGAAUCCAAUGAUUUGGAUACCACCUUUAUACCAAAGAGAGAAUGGACUUCCAUAAAGAAGUGUUCUGAGGCUGGUCCUUUGGAUACUGAAAUACCUGAGUUUUACCCCACAACUCAAGUUCUGGAUGUUGCUGAAGCAGCUCCUGAGAAAGUUCCUGUGAAACAACGAAGGCGAAAGCGUCAGCGGCGCCCCUUUACUGCAGCACCACAUAAAAAAGAAAGGAGUAAAGGCGUAGUGGGCGAAACACACAGUUUUCAGAGGGAUAGGGCAGCUAAUGGAACAACUGGAAGUCCCAAGGAGAUUACUGAGGAAGGAUCUGAAAAUUACCCUGGAGUGCCUUCAUCAAAAAGGAUGCAGGGGGAACGAGGAGGAGGAGCUGCCCUCAAAGAAAAUGUGUGUCAGAUCUGUGAAAAGCCAGGUGAAUUAUUGCUGUGUGAAGCUCAGUGCUGUGGUGCUUUCCACCUGGAGUGUCUUGGGCUCUCCGAAAUGCCCAAGGGCAAGUUUAUCUGCACCGAGUGCUCCACAGGGGUCCACACAUGCUUUGUAUGCAAGAAUAGCGGAGAAAACGUGAAACGUUGCUUGCUUCCAUUAUGUGGGAAGUACUAUCAUGAAGAGUGUAUACAGAAGUAUCCCCCCACAGUCAUACAGAACAAGGGCUUCAGAUGCUCACUGCACAUCUGUAUGACUUGCCAUGCAGCUAACCCAACAAAUGUCUCUGCAUCUAAAGGCCGCUUGAUGCGUUGCGUCCGAUGUCCUGUGGCUUACCACUCCAAUGAUUUUUGCCUUGCUGCUGGGACAGUGAUCCUUGCUUCCAACAGCAUGAUCUGCCCUAAUCACUUUACUGCUCGAAGGGGCUGUAGAAACCAUGAACAUGUAAAUGUCAGCUGGUGCUUCGUCUGUUCAGAAGGCGGAAGCCUUUUGUGCUGUGAAUCCUGCCCUGCUGCGUUCCACCGGGAAUGCCUGAACAUUGACAUGCCUGAGGGGAGCUGGUACUGUAAUGACUGUAAGGCUGGCAAGAAACCACACUAUAAAGAAGUGGUCUGGGUGAAAGUGGGACGUUACAGGUGGUGGCCAGCUGAGAUAUGCCACCCAAAAACCAUCCCUGUCAACAUUCAGAAAAUGAAGCAUGUCAUUGGUGAAUUCCCUGUGCUGUUUUUUGGAUCAAAUGAUUACCUUUGGACCCAUCAGGCUCGAGUCUUUCCCUAUAUGGAAGGAGAUGUAAGCAGCAAAGACAAAAUGGCAAAGGGGGUUGAUGGCAUAUACAAGAAAGCUCUCCAGGAAGCUGCUACAAGAUUUGAAGAGUUGAAGGCACAGAAGGAACUGAGACAGCUUCAGGAGGACAAAAGGAAUGAUAAAAAGCCCCCUCCUUAUAAACAUAUUAAGGUAAACCGGCCUAUUGGCAAAGUGCAGAUCUUCACAGCAGACUUGUCUGAGAUACCACGUUGCAACUGCAAGCCAGCAGAUGAAAACCCCUGUGGCCUAGACUCAGAAUGUAUCAAUCGCAUGCUGCUGUAUGAGUGUCAUCCUGCAGUCUGUCCAGCUGGAAAUCGCUGCCAAAACCAGUGUUUUACCAAGAGGCAGUAUCCCGAAGUAGAAAUCUUCCGUACACUUGCACGAGGCUGGGGCCUGCAGGCCAAAAGAGACAUUAAAAAGGGUGAAUUUGUGAAUGAAUAUGUGGGAGAACUGAUAGAUGAGGAGGAAUGCCGAGCCAGGAUCCGCCAUGCUCAAGAGCAUGAUAUCACUAACUUUUACAUGCUAACUUUAGAUAAGGAUCGAAUAAUUGAUGCUGGACCAAAAGGCAAUUAUGCUCGAUUUAUGAACCAUUGUUGCCAGCCAAACUGUGAGACUCAAAAGUGGUCAGUGAAUGGUGAUACUCGGGUUGGGCUUUUUGCCAUUACAAAUGUUAAAGCUGGGACCGAGUUGACGUUCAACUAUAACCUGGAGUGUUUGGGGAACGGGAAGACAGUUUGCAAGUGUGGUGCUCCAAAUUGCAGUGGAUUCCUUGGUGUACGACCAAAGAAUCAGCCCCCUGCCUCAGAAGAUAAAUCCAAGAAGUUCAAGAGACGACAUGGGAAGCGCAAGUCACAAGCAGGAAUCUUGAAGGAACGAGAGGAUGAAUGUUUCAGUUGUGGGGAUGGUGGACAGCUGGUUUCCUGCAAGAGGCCAGGCUGUCCCAAAGUGUAUCAUGCUGACUGCCUCAGUUUGACCAGGCGACCCGCAGGGAAAUGGGAAUGUCCUUGGCAUCAGUGUGAUGUCUGUAGGAAAGAAGCAGCUUCGUUCUGUGAGAUGUGUCCCAGAUCCUUCUGCAAGCAGCAUCGAGAAGGCAUGCUGUUCAUCUCUAAAUUGGACGGACGCCUGUCAUGUACAGAACAUGAUCCCUGUGGACCUAACCCUCUAGAACCAGGAGAGAUUCGUGAGUAUGCGCCUUCCACAGAGUCAGCAGCUGACUGCCAAAACACUCAGCCAUCAGACCAGCAGCCUGCAGCUACAGGCCUGAAAUCACAGCCAUCAGAGAGGUUACCUCUGACCGUGGCUCUGAGGCUGCAACCCUCAGAUAAAUCACCUUCCUCCUCUUUGGCUCUGAGACUAAAGUCCUCAGAUAAGCCUCCUUCCUCUGUUGCUCUGAAGCUGCAGUCCUCAGAUAAAUCACCCUCCACAAUGGCAUUGAAGCUACAACCAUCAGACAAACUACCUUCCACCCUGGCCCUGAGUUUAAAACCCUCAGACAAAUUGCCCUCCACUCUGUCCCUGAGGUUAAAACCCUCAGACAAAUUAUCCUCAGCCCUUGCCCUUAGGUUGCAGUCAUCAGACAAGCCACUCUCUGCUGUGGCUCUUAGGUUGCAUCCCUCAGAAAAAUCGCCCUCCACUGUGGCCCUGAAGUUACAGCCCUCUGAAAAAGUAGACUCCACUGUUGCUCAGAAGUUGCAGCCCUCAGAAAAGCUAUCCUCCACUGAGGUUCACGAAUUACAGCCCUCAGAGAAGUCAACCACCAUGGAGGCAUCGGGAUCUCAGGAUGAACCAUUUGCUGCAGAGGCAUCGGGACCUCAGACAACAGACAAACAUUCUACAGCAGAAAACCCAGGGCCUGAGCGAUCAGACGUGUCACCUUCUGCUAACAGACCUACAUCUCCGAUAUUAGAGAAGUCACCUGCCACAGAGAUACCAAAGGUUCAUAUGUUAGAGAAGGUGGUAGCAGCUGAGUCUCCACGGCCUCAGCCACUGGAUAGAGCCAUUCCUGUUGGCCCACUGCCUCAGAGUUCAGGCAGACCUGUUCCUUCACUGAGCCUCAGACCUCAGCCAGUGGUCAAGCCAGUCACCCCCAUAGCUCUGAGGUCUAAGCCAACAGAAAAGUCAGCCACGCCUGAGGGAGCUCAGCCUCAGACACCAAAUAGGCUUUCUGCUGUGGUGGAUUCUUGGCCUGUUCUAUCAGAUAAAGAUUCUACUACUACAGGCCUGAGAUCUCAGCUGUCCGACAGGCUUCCUGCCCCAGUAAAUUCAAGACCUUUGCUUUCAGAGAAGGCCCUCCGGCCUGUUGACCAGAAUGCUCAGCCAAAAGAAAGACCCUCUGUGACACUGGAGCAGAAUACUCAGCAAAAAGAACGGACAUCUGUGUCUGAGGAGCAAUCUUGCAGGCCUACAGGGAAAUUUUCUCCAUUCGUGGGACAGACAACAUGCCCCCUAGAAAACUUGCAAAUCCAUGAAAAGACUCCUUGGCUUAGUACAAAAGUAUUGCCAUCAAUGGAACAAUCACUUUGGACAGCAGAAAAACUGCAGUCACCUGAGCAAAGUCUUUGUUCGGGUCAAGAAGGGGCAUCUGCACCCUCCAUGGAGCAGACAUUUUGGUCAUCAGAAAGAUUGUGUUCAUUUGAACAACCCCCUUGGCCUGGAAGGGAAGCUCCACUAUCUUCUGGCCAAACUUCAUGGCUGCCCAGAAACAUUCAGACAUUUGAGCAGAUCUCUUGGCUCUCUGGGAAAGCACAAACACCUGUGGGGCAGGAUGUUUUGCCUUUGUCUGAACAAAAUGCGGUGCUAGUACUGAACCAGGACACUCCUGGCCAUGAACCUACUGAGUCAAAACAUAACUGAAGCCAGUUUGAGUCCAGGCGGGUCAAUGUAUUUGCUCUGUUUUGUUUUUUAAUUAUACAGGGGAGGGGUAUUUUGUUUUUGUUUUUUGGUUUGUUUGUUUUUUUUAAAAAAAAAAAUCACCUCCCCUCAUCCUUAAUCUUCAACAGCAUCCCAUCAAACAUAUACAGGUACAUUUACCAAAUUUCAGCAAUGCCCAGCCAAGGAGCAAGAAUGUAGAUGGUCUGUUCCUUCUUCCUUUUGCAAACAAUAAAUCUGGAAUACAGGAAUCCACUGUGGAUAACAUCUCUGAUUCCAUGGAAAUAAUCCAGUUACUGAUCAUGCAUGUCUGAGUGAUAGGCUUGUAAUAAUGAUGUAUUUCCCAGAAGAUUCCUCCAUAGUUCCAAAGAAGUAGGUUUCCUUCAAUCUGUUUCCUUUAUAUGUUAGCCAGCAUUGGUACCUUACAUAUACCUGUUAUUGGAAGGAGUGAAAGUAAGAGAUUUGACAACUUUUUCAUCCUGUUUUUCCCGCUCACACUUCUGUUUUAGGGCUUGUUGCUUGAAGAUACACUUUCAGGUCAAAAUUUAUCAAAUAUAGGUCCUUUCUUGAAGAAGAUAUGUUAUUAAGAUGUCAGUUGCUCUAGACAGGACAGUUUACUCCACUGUGAACACUCUAGGUUCCCUCAUAGGUUCUGCAGUGGGAGGUCUGGUGAAAAGUAAUGUAAAGUUAAUGUCUAGGAGCAUUUUUGCUUAACAUCUUCAGUGCAUUGUAGCCAAAAAUCCCACUACAAACAGAAUUUUGAGCACUAAGAGCAAUUCAAAACAGAAAAAUCAAUAAAACUCUCCUCUAGGUUCUGCAGUGCAUUAUGGCUGUUCACUAUUCUGGUCUCUGAAGUCACAAUUGUGGCUAUUGUGGACAAAUGAAACUGAUUUUGAUCUCUUACACAGCAAACGUGCUUAGCAUUUUAUGCCUCUGCUGAAGCAGAACUUGGAAGUGUUUCUUUAUUGGAAUACAACUUGGAAUCCUUCAGGUUUCAUGUCCACCAUUGUAAUCCCAAAAAGUAACCUUUUCAAAGUGUAAAGUACAGUCUAGUUCAAAAGGUAGCCCCUAUGAGAAUUCUUGUAUCCAUGAUGGAAAUUAUCUUAAUAAUCUUACCCUGACUGGCUUCUGGCUUAAUACAUAUCUCAUAUUACAUUAUAUGUAUGCACAUGAUGCUAAAAGAGACUUGAAUUAAACUAUCUCUUAAGUGAUAGUUAAAGUCAUAGUUCUCACACUGGAAUGUGAAAGGCUCUCUAUUUUUUCCUAUAACUCCAUUCUCCAAUCACUGCAGCAUUUUAUACCUGAUGGAAACAUGUAUUGUAGAAAUGUUUCUUUUAGACAGAAAUGAAAUUUGCUAUGGUACUGAUCACUGUAGAACUGUAGUUGGGAGAUCAGAGAAAUUCCUGUCAGAGCCUAAAUAUGGCUGUGUUUCUGCUAAACUUGGAUGUAGGAGAGAGGCAACCCAUCACAUGCAAGUACUUCACGUGGUAAUUUCAAUUCAGCACUAGGAUGUCAGGAAGCAGCUUGACCACACACACACCCCAUCCUCACUCACGGCUAAUGUUUGCUUCCAUUUAUGUUCUUACUUGUCUGGGCAAUUGGGUUCAUGCAGCUUUAAACAGAACUUAAAUCUUUUUACCAGCUCCCAUUUUGUCCUUUUUAGAUUUCCAGGUUUCUGCGCAGAGCAGCAGUUCUAGUCCUAUCCCAACUCAGAUCCUCUCACCUUGGAACAGAUAACACUGGGGUCACUCAGGUUCUGUAGAAAAUUUGCCAGUAUUGCAGUUUGUACCACACAGUGGCAGUUCAGAUUCUGAUCUGUUAUUUUUUUCUGAUGUUGGCUUUCCACAAUGACGGUACCUGCUCGGCACUACGCAACAUUCCCUACACAGUUGUGCAUCUCAUCUUCUCCUCUCAACCAUUUUGCCCCCUCCAAGUGCAGCUAGUGACUUUGCAAAGUGUUGUGGCAAACGGAAUCUUAGUGCUUAAUGUUGGUUUUCCUGGAAGACCUGCAAGCCAAGCACCGCUCUUUGCUGAAAAUGGGGAAAUGCAAACAUAUUUUAUGACUCCUGAACAAAGGGAAAACAGGACAGUUCUUCUGAAUGAUUGAGACAUAAACACUAAGCCAGAAGGCAUUUUACUAAAACAUUUCUAAUGGAACAAAAAAACCCGCCAUCUUUUUAAGUAAGCGAACCAACCCAUUCAUGAGGCUCAGCAUAUUAAGUAUUUCUCAUGCGUGGAAAACAAAAAGCCCUAAAUUUUACCUGUUUAGGCCUCCCCGUGAGCUGGACUUCAUCAUGUAGAAUGUGUGUUUAGGACUGCCUUUGUGCCAGCCUCCCUCAGCCAGCUGUACCUGUAACAAGAAAGAUUCCUGCACUGCUUUGUCCAACUUUGUUCCUGCAAUGUCAUGUGUUUUAACUAGCUGUUUGUUCAUGGAAAAAAAUAAUAAACUGUGAAUAUUUUUGGUGGAGGUUUUUAAAUCUUUGAAACAAAGGAUUUUUGUUUUGGGUGAAUUCUCUGAAGAGCAGGUUCUAGGGAGCAAGUAUAUGGCACUGUGUAAGUAAGGGAUUCAUGAAACAGCAACUUCUGAACUUCUGAGAGGAACUCCUGGUUGAAGCAAGUUUUUAAUAAAGAAAUUGCAUGGCAUUUCAGAUAGAUUACUUGGCAACUUGCUCUGUCCUUAUUUUUUCCCAUGAGAACCCCUCUAUAUUCAUUCCUUGAAGGACUUACUUCAUGGGAACAAGAAGCCCACAGAUUUAACUAAGCAUUCAAACAGGAAAAAUUACAGAAGUUCAUGUAAGUCUGUACAUUAAAACGCUGUAGUUGCAAGACUUAACAGGAAACCUGGGCUGGGACUGUAUCUGGCCAGUGGCCAAAGAUUCCCCAUCCAUCCUUUUCCACAACUUUAUCCAAGACAGAAAGCAUAUCUCAAAGUCUGGAGAGAGGGUGUUUAGUUUACUAAGGUAACUAAGAAAAACAAGGUAUAAAGGCAAGAAGUAUUACAGAGAAACAAAACAUUCCUUGCCCUUUGCUCAUCCCCAGCCAGGAGUUCUUUCUUUUCGAGAAAUGAGCAGGGUUGCUUUCAUGUGUGGCAGAACACCCAUAUCAUUAGGAGGACUUUUGACCAAGCAGAAUCUGUGAUGCUCUUGGGAAGUCCCAAGUAUGAAAAUAACACAGGGUAGAAAGAUAGCAAAGUAGUAUUUGAAGACAGUGUGUUUCUGUUGUUUGCCUUUUCUCUAGUCUGAAUUACAAUAAGAGCUGGGCUACCAGCAACUAAAUUUGGGUUUGCCUUGGAAUUGUAUUUGGCAUUUUGAUAUACACCGUUUCUGCUAAUGUGGUACUUUGCUAGGAUUGUGAGUGCAGUAAUGAGCUUCUUGUGUGCAAUUCCUAUCCCAUUUCUGUAUCUUGUGCAGAAAAUGGGCUGCUCUACUCCUAGUGCCUAGUACUAUUUUUCUUCUUUGUUCUUUCUGGGCUUGGAAGUCUUUGCCAAGAUAGGCCAAAUUCUGUUGCAAGAGUAGCUGAUUUGUGUGACCCGAGAAUCAUGCAAAAAAAUAGUUUUGCAUGAUUCUAUUGAUUUUGUAACUUGCUCUGUUUCUCUUGUUUGUUUGCUUUUAAUUAUGGAAAGGGAAGAGAAACUUGUAACUGCUGAACACUUGGUUCAGUAAUUCUCUUCCACUCUGUAGUCAUGACCUUUUUAAAAACUGACAUCGAGAAACUCAGAAUAUCGAAUGUUUUUUUUCAAUACCACGUCUCACACUUUUCAGACUUAUGAAAGAUACGUAUUUAGCCCUGGAUAUAGCAGAACCAGAUAAUGUCCUUGAACUCUUGAUGUAAGACCAUAGUUUGGGGGAUAAUCUGUUAGCUACUGCCAGACAUUUAUAAUGACCAGAAUUUGGUACCAAGCUAAGUAUGUGAUACAUUGCUGGUUAUGAUCCUUCAUCAGAAGACACAGCUAUGAGAUGUAGCUAUGCCGAUCUUCUGUCCAACCCAACCCACAAAACUGACUUUUUCUCAGCUUCAUCCCCAAACACCCAUAUAUUUCCUGUUAGGGAGCUGCAGGGAGCAGUAUACAAGCAUGCCACAAUUUUUCUGUAAUUGGACACACAGGUACAAGUAUUUUCAAGAACUUCAGAGAUCUUCUGGAAUUCAUGCAGAUAAUGUUGUUGCCCCUUGAGUAACUAGCAGACCAGUUAAACAACAAUCUACUGCUAUCUUCACUAUUCACCAACCAGGAAAUUGAGGAAGCAGCCGCUCAGAAAAUGUCAGAAGAGGGGACAGAUUUUGAUGGUUGUGCAGUCAGUUGUGAAUUCUGGCUUCUGCAAUGACAAAAAUGAGUUGUGAUGGCAAAAGUCUGACUUAUGCCUUCAUAUUUCACCAGCAGAAUGAAUUUCUUCUCAGUCAGAGGCAAUACCCUGGAAAUAUAUAGUAGUAUUUUACCAAGCAUUGCAUGAUAUCGGCUCUGCUUAGCUUCCUAUUUCACAGCAAGAGAUUUCAAAAUACACAUUUUGACCACUGAGAGGAGUAAGAAAAAGAAAUGUAUGUUAGUAGUGGCCAUACUUUCAUCUCUUGAAUUUUCAGUCCUUUUCCAAAAGUGCUUUUAUUGCACUCUUACAGUUCAAGAAGUGGUGUUUUUUUGAAAGCAUGUGUUCACACAUAUAGACCUAAGUCAACUUCUGCAUAGUUACACAUAUAAGGGUUCUGUAGUUGCAUGAAGCACAAUAUUGGAAAUGCCUGGCAUCCUAGCAAAUGAAAGCUGAUGGUGUUCCACUUUUCCUUAGGCAGUUUACAAGUGAGUUCUAGAGGGAAAGCAGUUGUAUUUCCUUCUGGCUUUCUUUUACCACUAUCUGGGCAGCAACACAAAAUACACUCUCUUGCUCAAGACCAUUUCUAUAAUUGGGCAGCUGUCAGAGGGCAGCAUAUUUGGGCUGUCACUACAAUGAGUAGUUUUUAUUAAUAUCUGGCUUUUGUUUUGCUUUUUUGUUUUAUUUGUUUUUAUUGCCAGGAUAGGAUAAAAGCACUUGCAGGAUUUUCUGUAUCAUGUGAGAUGCCAUUUGUUGCUCUACCUCAAGCAGCAAGAUAUUUUGGGCCUGUUCUAUACCUGUUCAAGCAAAAAGGAAAGAGGCAGCUAGAAAGUAGGUCUGAAAAGUAUAUCACAUUUUACCAAAACAUUUUGUGGUGUGAUGCUUUUAAAUUUGUGAAGUCUAUGAUACUUUGGAGAAAAGCAUUUCUGUAGAAGCUAGUAGUCUCACCCUGUGUGUGUUCAGAAGGGUAUUGGAAAGGGGCUUGAAAUGGAGAAUUCUUGCUUUCCUUUAGAAUGGAGAAGAAUACGAAUUGAGAAUAAAGGGGGGGGGCAGGUGAGAACAUAAGCACUGAGUCAGUGCUAACAGGUGCUAGAGGAGGAAGAUUAUAGUUCCCCAUUUUUCUAUAUUCUUUUCAAGUGUGAUGGUUCCUCAUUGGGAGUUGUGACUGACAGCUGUUACAUGAAAAAUCCUAGACAAAAUUCUUGUUUGACAGUUGACUCUCCAGUGCCUAAUUGCUGUGUUUCUUCAUCAAUAAUGAAAAAAAAGUCAACAUAAUAUGUACUGUGUAAUCAGCAAGUGAAAUGUUUACAAUAACUACAUUGGAAAAAGAGAAGUUCUGGAGCUUGGAUUAUUUUCUUUUUGUUCCCCUUACACAUGAAACUGUGUAUGUGAAAGUGAUUUAAUAAUGGAAAAAAGGUGGUCCUACCCAAGUGUUCCCAGAUUAUGUACUGUAAUUCUUUGUAUAUAAAAGAAAGCAAUUACUGUAAAGUAAAGUUUAACUUUACUCUUGA